AUGAGUGUGAACAGUCAGAGCGGGAGUCCGCUGACCCAGCUUGGCGGAUCGGUGCUUGAUCUGAACGGGGCCCGGGUGAUGGGGGAAGCCGGCAUGGCGGACCGCGACUUCCAGUCCGUCGCUGCCAUCCCUAUCAAAGUGACCCGUGAGCAGUCGAGCGGGUCCGCGUUGGCCACCAUUAACGGUACAGCGGGUCAACCCAAUGGUGUCCUAGGCGGGUCCAGUGUAAGCGGCGGCAACUCUGCGGGCGGCGCGUCCAACAUCGGAAUCGGGAACGGUAACAAGUUUUCCAUCCAGUACUCCCUGGCGAACUUGAACGUCUUCCAGAAUUUACCCAAGGAGACGUCUAGGGGGAUAGACGAUCUUAAGAGGAUGGAGAUGGCUCUCGUGAGUGGGAUCCCAGAGGAGGUGAGUUGGGCUCUAAAGAAGUACCUCACGUACAGUAAUAAAGCUCCGUACAUGAUUGGCUUCAAAAAUAUGCCACAUUUGCUGCCUCUGUUCAAGAAAAUGAUAGUGGAUUUGAAACCCGUUAUUGAGACUUUCAAGGACCCAAUAGGUAACGACAAAGUGAUCUUGAGCAAGUUACAGACUGGGUUGAACAGUCUACUGAUUAUAAGGAACCUCGCUCAGGACACGGAUUGCAUUCAGAUCUUGGUCAAGGAUAGAGACAUCAAAGAUUUCAUGCUGUUUGUCCUGAUGAAAUACGAAUCUCAUAUUAACGCUAACUCUAGCGAUAGAUGGGAAGUCUUCCAACCAAACAACGCAUAUUUCAACGAAUUGAUUCACUACACUUUGGAUCUCAUGGAGGCAGUCUCGUCGUACAUUGCACCAGCACGGAAGGAUGAUCCGUUUUUUCAAACGCUGGUCUCAUUGCUGAAAUGGACAAAGGACAGAUACAUGGUCAUUUCAAUCCUGAGAUCGCUAUCCAGACUGCUAGUUAGGUCUAAGGAAGACGAGGAGAGUGCAGCGGACAACUUGGACCAACGGACUCUUACGCUUAUUGUCGCACAGUUGCUGAUUGAAAACGAUUCUGAGCUAAUAACAGCGUCCUUCGAUUUUCUGUACCAAUUUAUACUCCCAGGGAAUAGAAGAAUCACAGAAUUGUUUAGAGAUAGGGAACGGUUCACUAUUUUUGGUACUGUGCUACCUAGACUCUUAAGCUAUAACGUUAGGGUCCCGCAAUAUAAGAGCUUUGACAAUACCCCAAUAAGACUAGUGAAAAGAUUGAGGCCACCAGCGCCAACAGAGGCACCAGCAUUGGACCAGCAGCUAUUCACGAAGCUGUUAUGGUUAGAGGAACCUGCCAGGUCGACUGCCUGGCUCAGAUGCUGUUUUGAACCCGUCCAGGGGGCAGAGGUGACCCAAAUUGCUUUAUGGAAGGGCUACGAAUCCAAAUUUGGCUCUGCUGUUAGAGAGACCAGUAGGAAGAUGUUGCCCGCCGUGGAGUUUAUAAAAAAUGUUUCGAAUGCAUUUACUCACGCCUCGGCUAUGGUUAUCUUAGACCCGGCAACAGGAAAGAAAAGGUUCGUUAUUAGAGGUAUCCAGCCAAGAUCUAAACCAAUAAGCAUUGAAGAGGGGGAAUCCGCAUCCAGGACAACCCUGACUGGGAUACAAUCAAAGUUUAUUGGGGGUACAAGUCAAAUCAAAGAAUCACGCCAAGAAACGUUACCUGAAAUAAAGUUCCCAACACAGCUGUCGGAUGUAUCCAAUGCUGCUGCAACUUUCCUAUGUUUAAUAUCAAACGACACGAAAGGUGCAGGCAUGGAAGUAUGUCAGGCCAUUAAACCUCUGAUCGUACAUCAAUUAGCGGAUAUACCUCCAUUAAGUGCAGCACUGUCUGAAUAUAUGGAAAAUACUCCGACCCUAUAG